CGUGGCCUGUCUGUAAUUCUUCUUGUUCCAGAUCUCACAAGUGAAACAUGGCACGUAUUCUACUGUUAACGCUCUUCUGUCUGGUGUGUUUGAGCACAGGUAUUGUCGGAGAGAGUGACGAUGGCGGUCUAUUUGAUGACAGUCUAUUCGAAAAUUUAUCUGACAAACCCUUACUCAAAGCCAUGAUGUUAAAGAAUUUGUUCGGUGGAUCAAUUGGCGGCGAUAGCGGACCACCUCCCAUGCUCAAAGCUUUGCUUUUGAAGAAGGUGCUUGGCGAUGAAGGCGUACCUGCUCCACUUGAGCGUGCAUUGUCUGCUAAUGCUCCAUCACCCAUCAUCCGUGCUUUGAUUGCCAAGCAAGUUAUGCAGAAUGAAGAUGCCAUGCUACCUAAAAUCAUGCUAUUCAAGACUUUGGCCACCAAUUUAGGAAAGAAACUUGUGAACGAGUGUAUGAAAAUGAUAGAUGAUAGAAAGGUCUAUACCUUUGCUAUUCCAAUGAUAUGCGACUGUGCUUUGGAAUAUACUACCGAUGAAGGUGUAAUGGCAGGUUUCCACGUCGACCUCCUCAAAGAAGUGUGCAAAGAAGCAGGAAAGAAGUGUGUAGGCGUUUACGAUCCAAGUGAAAAAUGUAUGGGCCAUUCUGGGCGCUAUUUUACUGUUGGACAUGGACUCGCUGGAAAAGAAUACGACGCAUGCUUUGGGUGGUUCAACACUGUUGAACGUCAACAAGUCGUUUCAUUCACCGAGUCAUACUGGGAAGUUGAGAAUAAAUAUUAUCUGUACGUUAAAAGCGGAAAUCCCAAUGGAUUUGAUGCAACCAAUAUUACGAGCAAGACUAUAGGUUUUGUGACUGCAUGGUCUGGCGGCCACCCUUGUCUGUCUGGCAUUACUGGAGCUGAUUCUAUGACUUACGACUAUGCAGAAAAUUUAGACGCCCUCAUUGACAACUUAGAGAACGAUAAGGUUGAUGCUAUCUUUGUGCAAAAUGAAUAUUCAAAUCCUGCCAUUGAGAAGGGCUACGAACGGAUUGGGGAGAGUAUUGAGUGUGCUGAAUCAGGUAUUUCACAUGGUGUGACCAGGAAAGAUAAUCCACUUCCAUGGUUCAGUGAAACAUUAAAGGAAAUGAAAGAAAAUGGCAAAUAUUAUGGUGUAUGUGCUAAGGCAAAACAAGACCACGGUCACAAGGGAGAUAUCAAUUGUGUAUAAAAUGAAAAGAACAUAGCUAGAUUGGAUUGUGUAUUAAUAAUCUUAUACGUGCAUCAACAAUACAUCUCGUAAUAUAUGUAUAGUAUUACUCACUGCGAUAAAGUUUUCUUAUUGAUCAAAGACGAGGGAAUACAUUAUGGCAUAAAUAAAAUGAUAUGAUAAGUAUAAACAAA